AUGACUUCUACCAAGACAGAUCAAUCAGAUCAGCAAUCUGUGAGAUGGGCAGACAAACCAUCAAUAAAUCAAAUAACAGUGAGGGGUACCAUUGCAGGUAUCUUCAUUGGUUCAUUAGUUCUGAUAUCUAAUUUUCAGUUUGGAUUACAAACCGGUUGGGUAUCGAUGAUGUCUCUUCCAUCUGCCUUAUUGGCGUGUGCUAUAUUUAAACAAUUAUGGCCAGUGUUCAAACCUGAUGAUCCCGUUUUCACUGACGUUGAAAAUGUAUACGUACAAAGCUUGGCCGUUGCUAUAGGGACAGGCCCUUUAGCUCUAGGUUUUGUUGGAGUCGUACCUGCAAUAGAGAAAUUCUUAACUUAUGAAGAAUCGGGCGGUACCAGAGAACAAGGCAUACCUUUCACUUUUAUACAGCUUUUAUUAUGGUCAGCAGCUCUAACUUACUUUGGGAUAUUUUUUGCAGUUCCACUUCGAAAGCAGGUGAUUGUGAGAGAAAAGUUACCUUUCCCUAGUGGCAAUGCCACUGCAACUUUGAUUGCAGUUCUAAACGGAACAGAGAUCAUCCAAGAAGUCUCAAAGAAAGAGGUUUUACAAAUGAGAAGAAGGAGAUUGGAACAGUGCCCGGAGGUACUCAGAAUGGAUCCAGAUAGUGACGAUUCUACAGAAAAUGCUCUGUCACCUCUGAUAAAUGCUGAGGCACAAAGGCAAUACAACUCAACUUCACCUUCUGAUAUACAACCUAAUAACGUGUAUUUGAAGAAUAUUACAAUUCUGGUUCAAACUUUCACAAUAUCAUCCAUUUACACUGUAAUCGCUUACUUCGUUCCUGUAAUUAAAGCAAUCCCAUUCUUGGGGAAUGAACUAUCAAAAAAAUAUUUAUGGAAUUUACAACCUUCGCCCGCAUACUUUGGACAAGGUAUAAUAAUGGGGUUACCAACAGUUUCAUACAUGCUUUUUGGAUGUAUCCUUGGAUGGGGUAUCCUAGCACCUAUUGCUGUCCACAAAGGCUGGGUAUCGAAUGAAGAAGAUGUAACUGAUUGGAAUGAAGGUGUACAAGGCUGGGUUUUAUGGUGUUCGUUAGCAAUAAUGAUAACCGAUAGUAUUGUUGGAUUCCUAGUGUUACUUAUCAAUUCCUUAGUUAAAUUCUUCAUGCUUGACAAUAGGAGAGUGAUAAUUUCGAAUAUGAUUGAUGAUUCAUUUGAAUCGAUGAUAUUGGAGGAGGAAGCGGCAAUAAAUCAUCAAAGGUCUUUGAGCAGUGCUCAAUCUGUAGGAACAGUUAGAUUAGUUUCGCGCGAUCUCGAACACGAGGUUGAUCAAAAACAUCUAGUCAAAUAUACUACUGUGCUAUCAGGUAUUGUUGUUUCGUCAGUUAUAUGCAUAUCGUUUGUGAUUUACAUUUUCGGUAUAGAAGUAAUUCCUGUCUAUUCCAUGGUACUAGCCCUUUUUACUGCAUUAUUCCUGUCAAUAUUAGCAAUUAGAGCUCUGGGAGAAACGGAUCUAAACCCGGUAAGUGGAAUCGGUAAGAUUUCUCAAUUAUUAUUUUCUUUUAUUAUUCCAAAAACCCAUCCAUCUGCAGUACUGAUCAACUUGGUUGCUGGCGGUAUAGCUGAAGCAGGUGCACAGCAGGCAGGGGAUUUAAUGCAGGAUCUGAAAACAGGCCAUCUUCUUGGCGCAUCACCCAGAGCGCAAUUUAUUGCGCAACUGAUAGGCAUAACAUGGUCAAUGUUUCUAUCGUCUGUGAUGUAUCUCAUUUACAAUAGAGUUUAUACCAUACCAAGCAUACAAUUUCGUAUACCAACGGCAACUGUUUGGAUAGAUUGUGCAAGGCUUGUAACAGGUAAGGAACUGCCUUAUGGGACGCUAGAAUGCUCUUUAGUUUUGGCGGUAAUAUUUGCAAUUUUGUCUUUAAUAAGAAACUGUUACAGAGAAAGAGAACUUCGGUGGAUGAAAUAUAUACCCUCUGGAGUUGCCGUGGGAAUUGGACUUUUUAACUCACCUAGUUUUACAAUUGCAAGAUUCAUUGGUGGCCUAGCUGCCCACAUGUGGCUUUCGAACCAUAAGGGUAACAUUGAUGUGAAAACUACACUUAUUGUAUGUAGUUCGGGUUUAAUAUUGGGUGAGGGUGUAUGCAGUAUUCUUAACAUAAUCUUUACUACACUCAACGUUCCACAUUUUUAA